AUGUCAUCUUUUAUGCGAGAUAGUAUACUUUUGGAUAUUGAAAAACUUGAAACAAUGUUAACAAAUAGUAGCAGUAGUAGUCGUAGUAGCAGUAGUACUUCUUGUGAUUCAUCAUCAUUAUGUAUUUAUCAAUCAUUACCAUCACCAAAUUCUCGUUCCAUAACAUCAACAACACGUUUUACAGGAUCAUCAAAAAUUUAUUUAAGAAAUUUAAAUAAAUUAUUAAUAGAUAUUGAACAAAAACAAAAAAUUCUUUCUACAGGUGGAAGAUCAAUUCUUAAACGUUUACAUCCAAUAAAUUCAUCAUUUUCUUCACGUUCAUUAACAUUUACAUCAUUAUUUACUCGUCCAUCUAUUAAAUGUAUAUCAAAUAAUCGACUUGAACCUAAAACAAUGUCAUUUGGUCAAUUUAUUACACAAACAUCUUCAUUUCCAUUAUCAUAUUCAAAUCAUCAAUCACAAUAUGGUUGUGCAAAAUUAAAUGAAAAAAUGUGGGUUGUACAUUGUCGUGAACAAUUAAUAAAAGCUGUUAAUGGUGAACUUCAACAAACAUCAAAUGAAGAAUGUAAUCUUGAUUGGAAUCAUAUAUCGAAUUAUCAUCUUGAUAAUAAAUGGUCAGCAAAUGUAUGUGAAAAUGCAUGGAAACAACUUUGUAAUCCAAGAAUCAAUCAAGCAAAAUGGACUGUUAAAGAAGAACGUCGUUUAAUAUCAAUUGUUGAACGUGAACCAUUAAGUGCUGAUCGAUGGAUAUCAAUAUCUAAAGAAUUAGGAACGGAUCGAAGUGCGUAUCUCUGUGCAAAACGUUAUAUGCAGAUAAUCAAUGAAAAAUAUUCAAAACGUCCAUUAGAAUUAAAUGAACGUAAUCAAAUAAUAUCAAAUAUGAAAGAUGAUAAUCAAGGUUAUUAUAGAAAAUAUAAUAAAUUAGCUUAUGAACUUGGUGAUCGUACACGUGAAUUUAUUUAUAAUCAAUGGUUACAUAUUGAUCCAUCAUGUAAACGUGGUCGUUGGUCAGAUGAUGAACAUACACAAUUAUUAACACAUAUUCAUCAACAAACACAUAAAAUAACAAAUUGGCCAUUAGUUUCAGCACCUGUACAAACACGUUCAUCACGACAAUGUCGUGAACGUGUAUUAGAUACAUUAAAAAAUGGUAAUCGUACAACAAAAGAAAAACAUCGAUUAUUUACAUCUGAUGAAGAUCGUCUUUUAAUUGAACAAUAUAAUUUACAUGGUUCAAAAUGGUCUAUUAUAGCAAAAGAAUUUUCUUCACGUACUGAUAAUUCAUUACUUGUUCGUUAUCGUAUGUUAAUUAAAGCUAAAACACAAUGGAAUUGGUUUUGUCAAAUUAAUAAUCGUAUGAAAUGUUUUUUAUUAUUUUUAUAUGAUAAAAAAAUAAAUAAUCAAACAUAUUUAAUUAAUAAAAAUUUAAUAGAUCUAUUAUCUAUAUAUAAUAAUAAUGCUAAUGAAAUUCAUCAUGAUUUAGAACAGUUUGGUUUUUAUCGACGUGGUUUACCAUUUCCAAUAACUGAUGAAGAAUUUCAAUGGUUUAAUCAAAAACCAGAAUUAAUUGAAAAUAUUGCACGAAUUACAUUAGAUGAAUUUUCUCAAAAACGUUUAUGUUUUAGAAAAUUUAAGGUGGAAAUUAAACCAUGGUUUACAUCAUUAUCAAUUAUAACUGUUUCCGAUGAUGAUAUUCGUCAAAUGCUUUAUCGAACAAUUCCUAUUCGUAAAAAACGAAAAUCAAUAAAUUUAUCUUCAUCAAUAAGUAAAAAAUCAAGAAUUGAUACAAUUAAUCAUAAUGAUAAUACUGAUGAUAUUGAUUGUAAACAAGAACCAAGAGUUCCUCAAUUACCAUCGAUACUUACAACAUCACGUCAUGUUUUACGUCCAGUACCAAAUCAAUUUUUUACAUCACAAUCAACAACAAAAUUAUCGAUGACAAGUAGUAGUACACAUUUUUGUCCUUAUCUAAUUUUAAUUCGUCAAAAUUCAUAA